GCGAUAUUAGCUAGCACUCGCUCACGGUAUUCUCUGUAAAAGGGGAAGACGGCAAAAACAACAAGGCAACUACAUCCGGACUGCUCAAGGACUGUAACUAAGCUAAUAAAUUAUAACUAACCAUAAAGGACUAAUUAAUCGUGAUUCCAUCCGACGUUAUUUUCUGUUGUUGGAGUCUGUCUCACGAUGGAAGAGAACAGUGCACACUUCUUUGAGGGAACCGAGAAGCUGCUGGAGGUGUGGUUCUCCCGACAAGAUGAAACCAAAGGAACCGGGGACCUGCGCACUAUCCCCAGAUUUGAGUGGGACAAACUCCUGGAGAAUGUGCACUGUUUGAUUAUAAGUGUGACUAAGACUGACAGACGGGAAGCUUAUAUACUCAGUGAGAGUAGCAUGUUUGUCUCCAAGAGACGUUUCAUUUUGAAGACAUGUGGAAGCACCCUCUUACUGCAGGCACUGGUGCCCCUGCUGGAACUGGCCCGCGAGUACUGCGGCUUUGAUGCCAUUGAGAAUUUCUUCUACUCACGUAAAAACUUUAUGAAGCCCACCCAUCAAGAGUUCCCUCACCGUAACUUCCAGGAGGAAGUUGACUUCCUCAGCCAGAUUUUUCCAAAUGGAGCAGCCUACUGUAUGGGACGUCUGAAUUCAGACUGCUGGUACUUGUUCACCUUGGAGCUGCCGGAGUUCUGGGUGAAUAAGCAGGCGGAUCAGACACUAGAAGUUCUGAUGAGUGAUCUCGACCCAGCUGUGAUGGACCAGUUCUUCAUGAAAGACGGUGUUUCUGCUAAUGAUGUCACUCGUAUGAGUGGAAUUCGUGACCUGAUUCCAGGUUCAGUGAUUGAUGCCACAAUGUUCAACCCUUGUGGAUACUCUAUGAAUGGAAUGAAAACCGAUGGAACUUACUGGACGAUCCACAUCACCCCCGAGCCGGAGUUCUCCUAUGUCAGCUUUGAAACCAACCUCUCCCAGACAUCCUAUGAAGAGCUAAUCCGCAAAGUGGUGGAUGUCUUUAAACCAGGGAAAUUUGUGACUACUCUUUUUGUCAAUGAGAGCUCCAAAUGUCGCAGUGUUUUCUCUUCACCUCAGAAGCUCGAGGGUUACCGCCGCCUCGACCGCCAGUUGGCUCACUUCAAUGAUUACAAUUUCGUCUUCACCAGUUACGUCAAGAAUCGGCAGCAGAAACAACAGAGCUGAACCUCCCAAAUGAAGAAGCGUAAAAAGAAAUCCAGCUGCCGCGAGCAACAUCCCAGCGGCCGGCGUAGUCUUGUGGCAGAGAGGCCGUUUCUGUCGUCUGGUUGUAGAUCUUCCCCGAGUUUAACCCUUAUGCAUUCUUGUAACUUUGACGUAGAUAUUGUACAUGAAAGCUCUUGUCGUGUCUUUGUAGAUUUUCUAGCCCACUCUUGCUGUGAUCUUGAAGUGCAUGUAGAGUUCUUGAAUGUGGUGGUGUGUGUGAGGCAUGUCACGCCAUCGCUGUACACGCAGCGCUCCCUUCCCUUCCUGCAGGUGUCCCCUCGUAUCCUCCACAGACAGGGUUUCAGACCUCACUAGGCAAAGACCCUGACUUGCUCAGAUCUGCAUCGUCUACCAUGUGGCUCGUGAAUCGAUCCAAAAACAUUUGUUUUCAGUCCGGUUUCUUGUACUUGUGUUUGUUUACUUUUUUGUUUUUGAUUACGUUAUAUUUCCCUACUUGAAAAUGUUCGAUUUCUGACUUUGGUCAGUUAAAACGCUCAACUGCAUACAGCUAACUUUGCUUAGACGGUGAAGUUACUAAACUUUCGAAACUUCCUCGCAUCAUCUUUUAAGACUGUUUGAUUUUAAUACUAAUGAAAAAAAAAAAAGACUGCAUCUUAUUUUAGGAGCUUUUAGAUUUCGAAUUGAUGCAUCUGAUGCUGGUUAGUUAAAAUGCAACAUUCACCUCAAUAUAACGCUAAUUUGAUGGUAACUUUUUAAUUACAACUUCAGUUUUUUUUUUUUUUGUCACUUUGCCAAACUAAAAAUAUUCAUUCUUAAUCUGAUUUUCAUGCACACAUCCACAGAAAUGAAAGGGUGAGACAAUAAUACUUUGCACACACCAAGCAUCCUCUCAUGCAACUUUCCAGAUGUCACCUUUGAGCACUAGAGAAGUGAAUGUGUCGCAUGUUGAGUAACUUAACUGUCACUGUCGAUGCAUCUUCUUUUGAAGGACUGUUAAAGAUAUUGUUUAAUACACUUGAAGUUUCAUUAAAAUGCAAUGCUAAUUAUAAACUUAAUUUUCUAUGCCAGUUUUGAAGAUCUCAUCACUCUGCUGACAGCAAAUUCUUUAUGAUUUAGACCAUUAGAGAAGUGAAUGUUUCAAACGUUGAGUAACUUAACCGUCGCACCAUGGUGAAAGUCUUUCUUUCUGCUAACUGAAAUGGCCUUUAUUUUGUAAGUUGAAUGUAAGAAUUGCAUGGGCUAUCUGAAAAGUGACAGUUUACAUGGUUUAUGUACAAGAUGCCAUGACUGGUUAUGAAUGAUGUGGCAGGUGUUUAAGGAACCGUUACGUGCGAAAGAGAAGAGAUGUUGCGUUCAUUGUGAAGGACCCUGGGACUGUCCAGCACAGAGCCUGCUGAAUUGAAACGGUUGGACAGACACUUUGCUUUGAGUGCUGAUCGCACAGCAAAGCAUUUUUCUUUUUCUAAACAAAAUGAGUCCUCUCUCUUUCUCUACAGAAGCUGGGGAGCAAACAAUAGGCACGCUGCAAUCUGAGCAUGUCAGGGCUGACCCGGAUCAUUCCACAUCCCACUGCUGCAUAAAGUGCCGUUUUAUUCAUUUUUUUUUUUUUUUUUUUUGUCCAAUACGUGAUUCCACCUCUCCAGAUCCUGUUGGUUUUUAGCACUCUUUGUAUACUGAGGGAAAUGUUGUUUUCAUUUGCUAUUGCAUGUGACUAGCAUGUAGUAGGCCGUUUACUGUGCAGCAUCUCCGCUAGGGCCCUGGGUAAGCUUAACAUGCUCCAUUUCUGUUUGUACAAUGUAAUGCACUUAUUAAUUGGUGCUGGGCGUGAUGACCAAUGGGUAUGAUAUUUUUUAUUUUUUAACACUCGACUGAAAAAAAACAUGAGCCUAAAUCUAUUGUUUUUUUCCCCCUUUUGGUGAAGUGUUGGAUUCAGAUGUUUUUCAAAUGGGGUUUUAGAUAUACACUUGUGCAUGGAGAGGGUAGAGAUUGAUGUUGCGGACCAAGCAUUUACAUAUUUUUCCUUUAUCAGACUCUGGGGAGAGUGACCUUUUGGAUAUUUAUUUAUUUUAUUUUUUUUCUCUCUCUCUUUUUACUAGUUCUUUCCAGCCUGUGUAGCAAUGUGUAGGUUGGUAAGGAAACUGUUGGAAGGGUUCUGCUGCAGGGUUGUUCACAGGAAGUUAGGAAGGGGAAACUUUGCUGUUCCAAUUCUCUUGCUAUUUCCUUGGUUGGUCAAGAUGUGCUAAAUAUAUCUGUACUAAGAGCUUGAUGCUUCCUUUAAUAAAGUAAAUAAUUAUCAACUGUGUACUUGUUAUUUAUUUCAGAAGUGUGCACUGCUGAAUUUGAGUCCAAGCAAUAUGGACUAAACGUAAAAUUUGACUUUGUUAUAUACUCAUCUCAUCAGCCAAUCAUGUGGCAGCAGUGUAAUGCAUAAAACCAUACAGAUAUGUGUCAGUUCAUGUUCACAUCAACCAUCAGAAUGGAGAAAAAUGUGAUCUCCGUUAUUAGGACAGUGGCAUUAUUGUCGUUGCCAGACGGGCUGGUUUGAGUAUUUCUGGGAUUUUCUCACACAACAGUCUCUAGAAUUUACUCUGAAUGGUGCCAAAAACAAAAAACGUCCAGUGAAGGGCAGUUCACUCUCAACAUAUCAAACCAAAAGGCAGGUGGGCCACAACAGCAGAAGACCAUUUGGGUACUUGAUUAGGACCAUAGUGUUCCUCAAAUAGUGCUCAUUGAUCAUAUAUUUAAAUUAUUUAUAGGUUACAACAUGUAUAAAUUAUGUUUUCUCAAGUUAUUGUAAUUGAUUCUCAAAAUUCAUAAUUAGUCAUACCACGGAAUCAAUCCGAGUCAGUUUAGCUGGGACAACACUUGUAUUAAAGGAAUAUUCCCAGUUACGAUCAAUUGACUAAAGAAGAGGUGGGACGAGUCAUUAUGCCACAAUUAAAGGAGCAAUAAUCGAGGUUAUAGCGAGGCACUUGCAAUGGAAGUGAAUUCAUCUGUUAAAACUCAAGUAUUAUUUGAGAUGUAAAAUUGUUUCAGUUUUGUUGUUUUUGUCAUGGAUUUAUCUUAUUUUUUUGCAAAUGUACCUUGUAUUGAACAUGGAAUAUUCCUUAAAUAUGAAUUGCAGAAAUUGGAACGGCACACAUUGUAAGUGUAGAAAAGAAGUCCCAUCUUCUGCUGGUGGAAAAAAGCCAAUCACCUUUUUGAUAGAAAUAUUGCCUUUCAGCUAUUUUUCAUUAGCUGGAUCAGUGUGAAAAAUAUACAUUUUAGCAUGAUUGUGAGCUUAAGCAGCACAAUUUAUGAUUGUCUGAUUUUACUGCUUAUUUGAAAUGUUAUUUGAUUGUAAGAUUGAACAACCACUUUGGAA